AUGACCCAAAUGAAAACAGCAGCAGAUGAAUUGGAUGAUGGAUUAGAAUACAGUUUCGAUGAUAUUGUUCAUGAAGCGUCAGAAGAAGUGAUAGACGACAACGAGAAAACUAUUGGAGACAAAGAAAAAGAGAAUAAAAGAGUGGAAAAUGAUAAAAAGACGACUAAAAAAAGGAGAAGAAAAAACGGAAAACUUGAGUUGAAAAAGAAACAAAAAGUUGAUCAGGAAAAAAACAUGAAGAAAAACAUUUGUAAAGAAAACGAGGAAAUCAUCUGUGAAUAUCUCAAUAAGAAAAUCAGUCAAGACAAUAAAAAUGAGGAGCUAUCGACAUUGGAACUCAGCGAGAAGUUUUUCAAUAAAAGAACGUUUCAUAGCACAUCUGAAUUUGCAGAACCAUUGGCACGAAACUUGGACAAUUAUAGCCAAUUUAUCGACAAGUAUGCCAAAAGGGAGAAGUUGGUGGUGGUUUUGGCAGCCAGCAACAUCCGGUGCUGUGACAUUGUCCGAAGCAUCAAAUCGUUGAGAAACAGCAGGCCUUUGAAAUUGCUAUCUAAGAACAAAUUGAAGAACGAUGUGGCAUCGUUGAACUCGAUUGUGCAAAGUCAGAAUAACAAACAGGAGGCAAAGAAAGACAAAGAAAGGUUGGUGUUGAUAGCUACCCCCACGCGAUUUGUGAACGUGUUGAAGCAGAUCAGCGACAGGGAGCAUAGGUUGAAAUUCAGCACAGUGGUAAUUGAUGGGAGCUACCUCGACCCCAAAAGCAGAAGCAUUUUCGAUCUCAGCGUGAACUUGGAGCUCUUCAAGGAGUUGAGCGUCAUCAACGAGGAGGUUGUGUAUUAUUUGUACUGA